AUGGUUGCUGAACUUGUUCCAUACUUUGAUGGGAUGCAGCAAGGGCAGGGAUACGAUACCUACCUUCAAGAGCUCCGUGUAGCAAAUGCUGUUACUAUAACGUCUAAAACACCACCUUCUGAUACCUAUGAUCUAACCUAUAAGAGUGACGAAAUCCAGGACUACACGGAGCUUGCGAAGUCAUUGGAGAUCACCGCUGGGGCCGCCAUAUCAGGCUGGGGCCAGUCGGCCAAGGUGGAUGCCAGUUAUCUCAAUUGGUCCAAGUUUGAAAGCGCCACGACUACCUAUCAAGUCGAGGUGUCAUCGCAGCAACAAGCGUCAAUUGAUAACUCAUAUUCCUUUAACAAAAUCUCAACUACUAAUCCACAUGCAACGUAUGGGGACCGGUUUGUUACAGGUGGCAAGUUCCUUGCCCGUGUAAGCAUAUCCUCAAUUAACAAAUCCAGCACGGAAGAAGUCAAACAGGCAGCCACAGUCGCUUUGACGAUGUACGGGGCCACCGGAGAAGUGACGGAGGAAGUCAAGAAUGCUGUGUCGUCAAUUCAGAAAAACUCUCGGACAACAAUCUGGAUCCAUAUCUCUGGCGGCGGAAACAAGUUGGCUGCAACCAAGCGAAUUGAUGCAACUCCUGAAGAUGGAGAUUCACCGCUCUUUGAAAUUAAAAAGCAGGCUGAUAAUUUCUAUCAGGAGGUGAAGGAUGGGAAGCAUAAAUACAGACGUUUCGGUGUCUUGUGGAAAUACACCAAUGUCCCGGAUUUUAACAAUGCAUUCGAUCCAUUUGACUACACAGCUGCAAACAAAAGGAGCUGGAACCUUUUCGAGGAUUUUACACAGUACGGUGUCUACAUUAAUGGCGUCAAAAAGAUGCCUGUUGAUAAGUUCCUCAAGGGCAGGCAGCAGCAGGCCGAUCUUUAUGACGAAGGGACAACAGUAAACCUGGCAAUCUCCAACAAGGUUGAAGCGAUCGACAAAGACCCAACUGAGGUGGAUAAGCCACUUCCGUAUCCAAAGCCAUAUGAAUUUCAGAGAAAGGUCCUGCUGGCUCUGAAGACAGUGGCUUAUAUUGCCCAAGAGAGAACUGUUGACGGCGGCAGCAUCACUGAUAUUGCGUUGCCAACUCUUUACGGAGGUGCAGAGAAGCUAUUCGAGUUCAAAGCAUUUGACUUUGACGCUGUCAUCGGCACCUCGGUAGUAUCUUUUGGAAGGCGAGACUCAUCCUAUAUCUGUCUCAAUGGCCAGCGAGCUGGUGAUUUUGGGUAUCAGGAAGAAAGUGUCUUUUGGACAUUCCCAGAUGAGGUAGAACAAGUGGCAGAGCAAAAGAUCAACGUUUCAAAGGUCAAAUCGGCAGAUUUGAUACGAUUGAGCCGUACCGAGACAGGGCCCAGGUUUCUCUUUGACAUUUACACUGAAAAGAGCGGCUAA